AUGGCAUUUAUUUCCUUUUGGCUCGUAUACCCAAAUUUACAAGAAACUCUUCAAAAGUCGUCAUUAUUUGCAGACACGACCAAUAGGAAUAAGACUUCAAAGCAAAUAAUUACUGACCCGGUUGUCUGUAAAAUUUUAUCUGCUUACACAAUAUGGGCAAAUAACUCAACAGCUAUGAAUGAGCUUAUGGUCCUUUAUUUAUGGACAGACAGAAAAAACGGAGGAUUUGAGCUUGAUCCAAAUGAAAUAGGACUGUUUUUAGGCUCUUCUACAAUAUUAAUAGUCCUUUUCCAAAAAAGUUUGGCUUCUUUUAUUAUCAAAAAGCUUGGACUUGCUACAACUACAAAAGUGACUACUUUUUUGGCAAUUCCAAUACUUUUAUUAGGGCCUUUUGCAAGUUUUUUAAAUCAAACUCAACUUGCGAAGUGACUAGUUCUUAGGUUAAUCCAAAUGUCGUGGAUUACUGUAAAUAUUAUUUCAUUUACUGCAAUAAGCUGUAUGUCAAAUAACUCAGUUGUACCAGGGGAAAGAGGGAGGAUGAAUGGGCUCUUUAUGACCUCAGCGAGCCUCGCAAAGGCAUUUGCACCGCUAUUAAUUGGGUUCACGUUUGCGAAUACUGUGAAAAGUGGCAUGAUUUUUCCUUUGAAUUAUUCUUUUUCAUUUUAUUUAUUAGCUCUGAUAGAAGUUUUAAUGUGGGCAAUCUGCAGUCGGCUACCAGUUUCUUUGAAUCAUCCAAAGGAAAAGCAAGGUUUUCAGUAUAUUGAAUUUAAAACCUUUAGUAAAGCGUAA